AUGGUCAGUGUACAAACUCCACAACAACGUAAAGCGAACGAGAAAUACGCAAAAUAUGAAGAAGCUAAGCGUGGAAAGUUGGAGCGUGUCGCCAAGUCUAAGGUAACACCAAAGGCUCCCGUAUCUGUAGCCUGGGUUGGUACGUUGAACCAUAUGGUAUCUUGCUCUACUCGAAGCUCUCUAAGGGUUGCUUGUGUUUAG